GCCGUGGCCCGUGACGUCAGCAUAGGAAGUGGUUGUAGAGCAACACCGGAGCGAUUAGCAGCCCAAAAAAAAGAAAGGAAGAAAAAGGGGGGAGCCUGAUGUCGAGGAGUCAGCCCCAUGUAUAUCUCUGAAUACGCCUCAACUUUUAACUCAAAGUUCAACAUCCAAACACAAAAAGGGACGAGGAUACACAGGCGCGCCUUUGCUUUUCCGCUCUUUCCCUGAAUGUUGGAGCUACAGCCCUGGAUUUUUGCCUGACCUGGGUUUAUUCCUCAACUCUUUUUUAUGUUUUAUUUUUUAUUUUUUCUUCACUCUUCAGAGUUCAUUUUCCUGAUUUUCUUCUGAUCUUUCCUGUCAGUGGAGGAAGACUGGUCCUGCUGUUGUUAUGAAGGCUUCAGCAGUUCUUUCUUAACAUGGAAGCAUCCAGCGGGUCGAGUUUUGGGAUAGACACGAUUUUAUCCAGCGCCUCAAACUCUGGUAACCCCGUGCUCAUGAACGGAGAUUUCCGCCUCAGCGACAGCAGGACAGCGGAUUUCAGGAGCCAGGCAACCCCGUCGCCAUGCUCGGAGAUAGACACCGUGGGAACUGGCCCCUCGUCCCCCAUCUCCGUCACCAUGGAGCACGCCUCCGAUGCGCAUCUGGUCCAGGACAGCCUUCAGCAUCACCACCAUCACCAGCCGCAAAGCCUGCCGCUGUCGCCGCAGCAGCAGCCGCAGCACGCCGGGGCCGGCUGCGCCCCGAGGACUGCAACCUCCUCCUUUCUAAUCAAAGACAUUCUGGGCGACAGUAAACCGCUGGCAGCCUGCGCACCUUACAGCACCACAGUAUCCUCACCUCAUCACACCCCCAAAGCGGAAAGUGCCACGGCUCCGGACGUCUUCAGGCCCAAGCUGGAACAAGAUGAAAACAGAAGCAAAUUGGAAAAACGGGACGAAAUCCCCAGCGAAAUGAAAUGCAACGGCACCAAAGAAGAAGGUGACCGGGAGAUCUCCAGCAGCAGAGACAGUCCGCCGGUGCGCACGAAAAAACCGCGCAAAGCCCGGACGGCCUUCACGGACCACCAGCUCAACCAGCUGGAGAGGAGCUUCGAGCGGCAGAAAUACCUCAGCGUGCAGGACCGCAUGGACCUGGCAGCGGCUCUCAACCUGACCGACACACAAGUCAAGACCUGGUACCAGAACAGACGGACGAAGUGGAAGCGGCAGACGGCGGUGGGUUUGGAGCUCCUGGCUGAGGCAGGAAACUAUUCGGCCUUACAGAGAAUGUUCCCCUCGCCCUACUUCUACCACCCGAGCCUCCUCGGCACCGUGGACGGAACCACGGCGGCCGCUGCGGCCGCGGCCAUGUACAGCAGCAUGUACCGGACUCCAUCAGCGCCACACCCCACCCUCCAGAGACCUCUCGUGCCCAGGGUGCUCAUUCACGGACUCGGCCCGGGGGGGCAACCGGCGCUAAACCCCCUGUCCAACCCCAUGCCUGGCACGCCGCACCCGCGAUAGAUGCACAAAACUUCGGACGCUGUUCCACCACCGCGGGCCUGUGCCGCAGAGACACACUUAAAGCUAUUUUACAGACGCAACUGUGGAGGUAUUUAAUUUGGGCCCCAGCAGCCGAAACUCAGACUCUGUGCCCGGUUCCACGCGAAGCGCGCGGACUGCUCCUGUCUGAUUGUUUGUUUGUAUUUUGUACAAAUACACCUAACAUUAGCAAAUAAACUUAUAAAGUUUA